AUGUGGUGUCGAUGUAUAUUAUCUUUUUUGACGAUAUCGACAAUAACAGCCAAAUUCCAUCACUUGGCAUUGAGAGUGAGCAGAAAUCAAUUCUCAAUUGAAAACAAGUAUUUGGAACGUGACUUUUGCAGGCAGACUCCCGCAGAAACAUCAUUAUCAGCGAAUUUGGAUAUGGUGUUAACGGCACGCUUAAUAUCGGUAUUGCCAAUUUCACAGUGCCAGAAAAGAUCAAAAAUUCCGUUGAUUCAACUGAAAAUGCUGAUAAACUGGUUAGAAUCAACUCCAAGUGGUCUGUAGCCGUAAAAAUUAUCGAUUUUUGCAGGGGGUCAUCGGAUUUUCGCUCUCAUUGGGCUCAAUUAUAACCAGAGGCGUUGGCUCGAAUCCGCAUGUUUGCCAGUUACAAGUGAGCACUUUCACAUUGUUUUUCAGAUCUGAUAUUUGAGAACCUCAUCUUUUUCAGCAAACGGAUCAAGGCUACGACGCGAUAUUCUUCUUUGCCGAUUUGCCCAACAAACGGUUACGAGUAUAUAGGAGCGGAAUCGGAAGAUACAUACGGAUAUGUGAAACGCCUUACGAGUAAGAAUCUAAAUUCUCAUCGGUUUCGCUUUUCACUGCUUGUUUUCGCAGAUGUCGGGAUAAUGAUGCGAUUCGCGAGCCGAAACCGGAAGAGCUGAAACCGGAAAACCCGACGGGGCCCAUAGAGGAGCGUGGGUGGUUCCGCAACUUGUUCGGUAGGUUUCUGAACCCCAGUGCACCACAAAUCGCCUACGACAAUUAUGUUCCUCUACUAGUGCACGAUGAGAAUCAUUUCUCAACAAACGUAAGCUUCAAUUUGUGGCUCCUGGCACAUCUUCAUCCUGAUUUGCAGAUGUCGAUCCGUUUUGACGGAAAAAUCGUUGGACAGUACGUUUUUAUGUUCCAUAACUGCUACAAUUACAGAGCUCAUGGAUACAGGUGCUCAUUUACUUGACAUUUUCAUAAAAAACCGUCAUAACCUGCGUUUUUCAGUGAUCGUGUCGCUGUUGACCUCACUGUCGACCUGGUGGAGAGAAAUAUGCACUCGUACCUGUCCGUCAGUGAAAUUCCAAAGCCGCAGAUCUUUCUGUACAUGUCGAUCCUCUUCUUUGCGCUCUUCAUAUACUGGAGCCAUUUGCUUUGCAGAUCAAGGUAUCCAAAUCUCACAAAAAUCCUUUCACGAAAGUCGUUUCAGCUCCGAGAACAUCUACCGAGUGCACAAAUUCAUGGCAGUACUCGUCUUCCUCAAGUCGGUCUCGCUCUUCUUUCACGGACUCAACUACUAUUUUCUGAGCAAAUACGGAAUGCAGAAGGAGUUUUGGGCGGUUCUCUACUAUAUCACACAUCUGUAAGUUUUUGCUACAAAUUGCAGAACUUUUCAAAAAAAUCGAGGAAAUUUGUAAAGAAAUUUUGAACGAUAGUUUUGUGGUCAGGAGCUCGGACAGCAUCUAAAACUCGACUUACAAGAUUCGGAGCCAGCUCGGUUUUGAUCAGGUUAACGAAUUUGCCAGCCCGGCCCGACCCGGUCGGAUUAUAAGAUUUGCCGUGAACGAGUUAGUCGGUGGCCAGAACGGACCGAAAUAUUUCCAGAAACAGCGGCUCGGUGUGAAGCUUAUAGCAUUCUUUGUGUUUUCAGACUCAAAGGACUUCUUCUGUUCGGAACAAUCAUUCUCAUUGGAACAGGAUACACGUUCAUCAAGCAAUUCCUAACCGAUCGCGACCGCCGAGUUUUCAUGUUUGUACUGCCGAUUCAGGUAUUCAACGAGCUUACGAACCGACUGAAAUCCAUGCAAUUCAGGUACUCGAUAACAUAUUCCUGAUCAUCCUAAGCGAAAGCGAAAUCGGAACGGAAAGCCACCAACUCUGGCUGAAACUCUUUGUAUUCCUCGACAUUUUGUGCUGCUUUCUGGUCGGACUCCCUAUUGUCUGGUCAGUUCUAUUCUUUUGAAACAUUUUUUGUUACCGAUGACGUUCAGGUCCAUUCAACACUUACAUGAAGGCGCCUCCACAGACGGAAAAGCCGCGGCGAACCUCAAUAAACUGCGAUUGUUCCGUCAAUUUUACAUUCUCGUCAUUGUGUACAUAUAUUGUACCAGAUUCUUCAGUGUGAUUUUCAGAGUUAGGAAAUUUCACCAGAAAAUCCAGAAGUUAUUUGAUUUUUGCAGUUCGUUCUGCCGAACAACUUGGAAUGGAUGAUUGUCGCUGCGGUCGAAGUGGUCACUUUCAUGUUCUUCAUUAUUGUCGGUUACAAGUUCCGUCCAGCCAACUCUCACAACUACCUCUUGCUCAACUCCGACUUUGAUAGCUAUGAUCUGGAAGCGGCGCCAAAGGAAGAAAAGAAGGACGAGGACGAUGAGCCGAAAGUCGGAGAACAGUGAGUCACAGCUGUCCGAGAGUCCGGGCAUUCUAUUAAACAUUUCAUUCCCUCUUUUUCCAGAUUCCUGACCCAAGUUUUCUCAGAAGCCAAUGUCUCGCGGCGCGUCAUUUCCGAUGAGUCAGCGGUUGAUUAUCCGCAUCAGAAACUCAUGAAGAAACCGUAAGCGAAAUAGAUUUCACUCGCCACCCGGAAAUAAUCUGUGUUUGUUCAGUUCUCAAGCAUACGAACAGUCUCUGAUAGAUUAA